UUGAACAGAGGAAAAGACGUUCUAUUAAAAUUUUCCUCUUCCGUCAGUUGAAAACUUCGUCAAUAAAAUAAAAAAUUAAUAUUUUCCGCGAUGUCUUCGGAAUGGUGUACAUGUUAUAAAACACAACCGGAGGAGAAAUCAUGUGGAUGCGUAGAUGCCGCUCCAAAACAAUGUACUUGCGUAAAGCCGCAACCUGAAAAAGUGGAAGUGGUUCCAAUUGAUGAACCGAUUAGUCUGCAACGCCGGGAGGUAGAUGAAACUAUGUACGGUCGAGUUUUUGGUGUUUCCGGUCCAGUCGUUACUGCUGAAAAUAUGUCUGGUUCCGCCAUGUAUGAACUAGUGCGUGUUGGCUACUUUGAGCUUGUUGGUGAAAUUAUACGUCUGGAAGGUGAAAUGGCAACAAUUCAAGUGUACGAAGAAACUUCUGGUGUUACAGUGGGCGAUCCCGUAUUGAAAACGGGUAAACCACUUUCUGUGGAAUUAGGCCCCGGUAUAAUGGGCAGCAUCUUUGAUGGCAUACAACGUCCUCUACGUAGCAUCAAUGAACUCACAAGCUCAAUUUACAUUCCGAAGGGCAUAAAUGUUACUAGUUUGUCACGGGAUAUAAGUUGGGAAUUUAGGCCAGGCAAAGUUUCUGCAGGCUCACAUUUGACCGGCGGUGAUAUUUAUGGUAUUGUACAAGAAAACACUUUAGUAAAUCACAAAAUACUUAUGAAUCCUCGUGGAAAGGGUACGGUGAGAUAUAUAGCACCUCCUGGUCACUAUACUGUCGACGAAGUUAUACUAGAAACAGAAUUCGAUGAUGUUGUUAGCAAGCAUACUAUGCUGCAAGUGUGGCCUGUGCGGCAACCUCGACCUGUUGUUGAGAAAUUGCCAGGCAAUCAUCCGUUACUAACAGGCCAACGUGUGUUAGACUCACUUUUCCCAUGUGUUUUGGGUGGAACCACAGCCAUACCGGGUGCAUUUGGCUGUGGAAAAACUGUUAUAUCACAGUCAUUGUCAAAAUAUUCCAACUCAGAUGUCAUUAUAUACGUUGGAUGCGGUGAGCGUGGUAAUGAAAUGUCUGAAGUAUUACGUGAUUUUCCCGAGUUGUCUGUUGAAAUUGACGGUGUCACGGAGUCGAUCAUGAAACGCACCGCCUUGGUCGCCAAUACCUCCAACAUGCCUGUAGCAGCUCGUGAAGCCUCCAUUUACACCGGUAUUACACUCUCCGAAUACUUUCGAGAUAUGGGCUACAAUGUUUCGAUGAUGGCUGAUUCAACUUCCCGUUGGGCUGAGGCUCUACGUGAAAUCUCAGGUCGUCUAGCUGAAAUGCCUGCUGAUUCUGGUUAUCCAGCCUAUUUGGGCGCACGCCUGGCAUCAUUCUACGAGCGUGCGGGUCGCGUAAAGACUUUGGGCAAUCCCGAGCGUGAAGGAUCUGUUUCAAUUGUUGGUGCUGUAUCGCCGCCUGGUGGCGAUUUCUCAGAUCCAGUUACCUCGGCCACACUAGGGAUUGUGCAAGUGUUCUGGGGAUUGGACAAAAAAUUAGCACAACGCAAACACUUUCCAUCCGUGAAUUGGUUAAUAUCGUAUUCAAAGUAUAUGCGUGCUUUGGAUGAAUAUUACGAGGAAAACUUUCCUGACUUUGUACCGUUACGUGUGAAAGUAAAAGAGAUAUUACAGGAGGAAGAAGAUCUAUCGGAAAUUGUACAGCUUGUGGGAAAAGCAUCAUUAGCAGAAACUGACAAAGUGACCUUAGAGGUGGCGAAACUGAUUAAGGAUGAUUUUCUACAACAAAACUCCUACUCAUCAUAUGAUCGUUUUUGUCCCUUUUACAAAACGGUUGGCAUGCUUAAGAAUAUUAUAACCUUCUACGAUCUCUCACGUAAUGCUAUAGAAUCAACAGCUUCAGAGGAGAAUCGAGUAACUUGGAAUGAAAUACGUCAAGAAAUGGGAAAUAUUCUAUACGAAUUAUCUUCUAUGAAAUUUAAGGAUCCACUCAAGGAUGGCGAACGAAGAAUCAAGCGAGAUUUUAAGAAACUUAAUGAUGAUAUACAUGCAGCUUUUAGUCGCAUGCUGGAGUGAAGCUGAGUGACAAAAUUUAUUAAGCUGUUUAUUGAUUUUAUUUGGCUUUAUUGAGGGAUUUGUGAUAAAUGCUUUAGAAUUUAUAGAUUUUUAUUUAAUAAAAA